UAAUAAUUUCUAUUUUCUACAUGAAUAAUAUGAAAAUAAACUCCAACCUCAUUCUUCGGUCUCAAUUUUUUUAUUUUGUUGUUCUUCUUCUUCCACAAAAUCCUCAUCUUGUUGAAACUCGCAAGCUUUUUUUAUCCUAAUAAUGAGUUAUCCGACAAUGAUAUAUUUGAUGUGAAAUCUUAACUACAGUAUUAUAUAUAGCGCGAAGAUAGACUAGAGGUGUGUUGUAGAAUUAAUUAAAUAGAUUUUUUGUUUUGUUUUGUGUUUUUAGGAUCAUACUCAUUAAUUGAAUGAAGCAAUUUAGCUUUGCUACCAGCAUUCUACAUAUGCAAUAAGGUACGUGAAAUACAAUCUUCAAUAUUUGAAUGAGUGACAAAAUCAUGAAUAAUUGUGUGGUUGAAUAUAUCGUUAUUGAUAUAAUAUGAAUGUGCUAACAACUUUUGCGAACUCUGAGAAUAUACAGUGGAACAAAGGUACGGUCUAACAUUAUCCUUUCUGUGGUCUUUUAACUAUCAUUUGGUGAUUUUUCUAACUAAAUUUUACAGGUUCAACCACGAAAUACCAAUAUCAGAGGCUAAAUGACUAAAUCGGUAGGCGGUAUUUAACGAUCUAACAGUUGAACUACGGUUAAACCACGGUUUUACCAUAAAAUAUCAUAAUGUUGACUUUUCCGGUACGGUUUCAUUGACCACGGUUCGUUUGUAUAUUUGACAUUUCUAGGUAUAUGCACGCAGUAAAUUACUGCUCACCAGAACCCCCUCUCGUCUUUAUCCGGUUUGGACUAACUCUCUCACCGGCGCGCUAGUUUCUGGGAACACAUGCAAAAUCGUAGAAUAUAUAUAGCAGGAAGGAGCAAUAGCUCGCCACUCGUGACUGUGACUCAGUCCAUCUCCAAUUCUCCAUUCGCAUUAUUAUACCGCCGCCACCACCUCUUCGUCCCCAAACUCCUCCGAACCUUCCAAUAUCAUUAUUCUCCGGCCACUUACUUUACCCGUUACCCAGCUUCGCUUCAGCUUCUUCCAUCACCACUAAACGUCGCCGUUUUUUCACCUCCUCUCCCACCUUCCAUUUAGUUUUUUCAACUCAUCCUGAUCGAAAAGAAGAGUCAACAAGUUGCAAAACACGAAAAACUCAACGCCUUCCCACCAGUCAAAAACCCCCUCAACUCCUUUUUGCCUUUACGUAUAAAUCAAUGUCCCUAUAUUAGCUUCCUCCAACUCCCCUUCCAGCCUUCCAUAUUCUCCCAUUUCUUUCUCAUUCGAUCACAUUUCAACACCAUUCCGUCAAUGGCCGUGAAAAGAAGCGGCGGAGUGGCAGAAUUACCAGAGACGUUCGACAUGGCGAAAUGUCUGGUCUACCUCUCCCACGGUCUUAACACCGUUAAUUCCACUUCCAAUCCUUCCCCCGCCGCCGCAUUCGAAUGCAAGACCUGCAACCGGAAGUUCCCGUCCUUCCAAGCUCUGGGGGGCCACCGGGCCAGCCACAGGAGGCCCAGGAAUUUACUGGGCUUGGGCCGCAACGCAGAGUUCAAGCUGGCAUCGACGAAGCCCAAGAUGUACGAGUGCUCCAUUUGCGGGGUCGAGUUUGCGUUGGGCCAGGCUUUGGGCGGUCACAUGCGGAGGCAUCGAGCAGCUCCGGUGGCCACCAAGAGCUUUGGUGGUGGGACCGCCGGACCGGGAUCGAACGAGGUGGCUGUGCUGAGGAGGUCGAGUAGUAGUAAACGCGUCUUCUUUGGGCUGGAUUUGAAUCUGACGCCGUUGCAGAACGACUUGGAGUAUUUGUUUGGGAAAAUUAUGGUUCCCAAACCCUCCAUUUGAUCCUUCUGCCAAAUUCUCUUUAUAAUUCUUUUUUUAUCUUUCUUUUUAUUUACCUCUCACAAAUACAUUUGUUUGUGUUCCUUGAUUAAAUUACACUUUGAAUUUAUUAGCACAUUUCUUAUUCUUGUGUAAAUUGCUUAGCCAAAAACUUUGAUAUAUUGUGAAGAUGAAUAUUUAGUUGGUCUGAAGAACUUAUUUGGUUUAAUUAGGGGUGACAGUUCGGUUACCGGUUACUGGUUAACCGGGCGGUUAAACCGAUAAUCGGCCGGUUAUUUACUAAUCGGUAAUCGAAGUAAUCGAACUUCGGUCGGUUAUCUGAGGUUGGACGAAAUGAUUUUUUUUGUCUUAAAAGUGGUUCGGUUAACCGAUAACCGAGAUAACCAAAAAACUAAAACCUAUUUCGGUCGAUGUUCGGUAGGGGGAUGGUUAUUUCGGUUAACCGAUAACCGGCUGAUCGGUUACCGGUUAUAACCGAAAUAACCGGUCUGCCACCCCUAGGUUUAAUAAUAAGUGAAAGAUAACAUAAGAUUGGAUGACUUUCACAAGAUAUAUUUGUCUAUGCUUCAAAUUGAUGAAUCUAGUAGAAGGUAGUCGUGUGAAGUUCUUGAAAAAAUUAAACUGGUGUAAAUUCUGUGUGGGGUAAUUCUAGGUGAUUUUAGUGCCAUAGGAGAUCUUAGUGAGGCUUUCAAAUUCUUCUGAGUACUCUAGUAGUGUUGAAGAUUUCCAUAGGCUCUAGCAUUGUCUUUCUUGAGGCAAACAUUCAGAGAAAUCUGGCUUAAAUAAGGAGAGUAUAACGCCUCUUACUUUCAUUGAUCAGUCAAAAUUCGUCAACAUAGGAACAAAAUUAGGUAUUUAAUUGAUGAAUAUGAUAAUUGAGUCACAUAUACAAAUACCUUGAUUGAGAUAACAAUUAGUUUUUACAAAAACCUGCUAGGUGAAUCAGAUCCUUCGGUUUAAUAAGAAACCGUGGAGUUUUGUAGAGUUAUUUUGGAAAUAAAGUUAGCUCCUCUUUUAAGUGGUAUGAUUCGCGUGAUUGAGCUUUAAAUUUAUAAGUUGAUGCACACUCUCUAUUCAAUCAUAACUAAGCCAAGUAUAACCUAGUUAGGGUUGUAGUAAAGUGGCUCGGUCGUAUUCCAAGGGAUCCCUAUUCCCUAAGCUUACAAUUACUUCGCUUCGAACUACUAUCUAAUCGAAUCAGAAGUUUGGGUGUAAAGUCUAAUCUAAUCUACUCCUAAAGGCAAAAUAAACAACCAACCAAGUGGUUGGGAGAAUGAUAGAGAUGAGACGGUUUCCUAGGGUCAAAUCCUCCUAGCUAUGGUUGUCAUUAGAGGUGGCAAUUUCAAUCCAAUCCAUCAAUCCAUUAAAAAUAUCCACCUAAUCCAAUCCAUUUAAUCCAAAUCCAAUUGGAUUGGUGGAUUCAUGGAUUGGAUCCAUGGAUCAUUGACAAAUUACGGUUUAGUACCUAUAAUUUAUAUUUUUUACAUUUUGGUACCUAAAUUUUAAUUUUUUAUACGAAAAAUAUCAAUGGAAAAUUACGUUUUGGUACCUAAAAAUUUUCAUUAUGACAUUUUAGUACCUAAACUUUUUACAUUUUACAUAUUGGUCCUUAGUUGAGGAUGUCAUUUGGAUUCAUGGAUAAUCCACCAAUCCACUUGAUCCAAUCCAUGAAUCCACCAAUCCACUAGAUCCGAUCCAUUUGAUCCAUGGAUCCAUCAAUCCAAUCCAUCAAUCCACCAAUCCAAUCCAUUUGCCACCUCUAGUUGUCAUGUAGGGUUAAGUGAAUGUGGUGAGUGAGCUAUUUUUCGUGGGGUUUCGUGAUUAUCCACACACCUCCGAGUACGCCUCCCCUAAAUACAUAUAAAGUCACCUCGAUCUAGGCUAUCGUAUUUGGGGCAUUAAGCUCGUAACUCCUUUCAAUGGAUACUAUCCAUCGUUCACACCGAGGUUUUAUCUAACCUCAAUUUUGCUUGAUGACACAUACCCGUCUAACUCUAAAACUCCCAAUCCAGCGUAGAAGCAUAAAGUAGGCUUGUAGAAAAGAUUAGGGCGACUUACCCAAACACAAUCAAAGAUAGAAUAGCAUUCAAAUCAACUAGAUAAACACAUUCAUACACAACCAAUAAACUAGGGUUCAUCUUCCCUAAACAACCAUUAGAUAUUCAAGUCAUUAUAGAGAGGAAGAAAACACAAACUAGAAGAGUGGAGUGACGACAUCAAGUUUCUUCUCCUUGCUUGCACCUUCUUCUUGCUCCUUGGGUUGAUUGGAUCUUCAAUGAAGCUCUCCCAAGGUGAAUUAGAGUACUUUGUCACUACAACACAACUCAUUACUUGUCCAAAAAAUUGACAUAAAAUUAAUUUAUUAUACAAUAAACGAAAUUCCAAUUGCAAUAAAGAACUAAUCGGGUCUCUUUUCUCCUUAUGCCUAUUCGAUCUUUCCCCAACAACCCUGAAAUCGUCUAGCGACAACGGCAAUCCCACUAGUUUUGAUCUACCAAUUACAACUACAAGUGUAAAAGGAGCAUUUUUAGCUUUGAGUUAUAUUAAGAACAAGUUUCCAAGUCGAUUUGGCGACCAGUUUGCUAGUACUUGUUUAGUAAGAUACAUUGAAAGAGACGUAUAUAAUAGUGUAGACAACGAAUGUUUUUGCGCUUCUUUCACUAUAUGAAAUUCCUUCGUAGUUGUUUCUGAAAAGUAUGAUAGUAUAAUCGGUUAUUUUUAAUUUAUGAAUGAAUUAUUUGGAUAUAAUUAUUUUUUAUUUGGAUAUAAUUAUUUGGACAGUGGUUUAAAAUUAACCUCUCCCAUGAAGCACUCAUGGUAAUUGUCAUCGUUUACUAAAUUGAGGUAUAUUCAAGUUAACGAGUCACGACGCUUUAGCUUCGCUAGCUUUAGUUUGCGACGUAAUUGGUUCUAUUUUCCACCGGCCAUUGGUUCUGACUUCUGACUGCACCAUUCCUCCUGCAACUGGGAAUAAAUAGAAUCAAACGAUCGACCUGAAUGUUUGUUAUCUACCGAUCGGCCUGAAAGAUGAAUGAAGACUUUUGGUGUUUCAACGAAUGCAUGCAUGCAUGAAAUAUUACAAAAGUUGCUUUCUUGUACAAGUUGAUAGGAUAGGUUGUGUUUAGAAAGAAAAAGAAAAAAAAAUACAUGACCCAUGUAGAUUACGACAGAGGAAGUGAUAUAACAAAAUAGAAAAUAGGAUACUUGCAAGCAAGUGAAUCUAACAAUUUAUUCAAGCAGCAGGUGAGAUACAAUUGAUUUGUCCAAAAUUUUAAAUUGAAUUUCACAAACAUAUUUUGCAUUCGUAUGAUAUAUGGUGAAUAUGCUUUGGACUAAUUUUGUAUGGAUUUUUUUGGUCACCUUCUCAAAAUGAAUUGUACCUCAACAACUGUUUAUUAGGCCGGGAAAUGAUCAUUGGGGAAAGAGGAAGAGAGUGUGAGAAGGUGGGUUCCUCGAAAGGGAACGUUUAAAUUAGGUACAAAAGUUAAUUGAUAUUGAAAAUUAGGACGCGUCUAAUUGAGAAUAGUUGAUUGAGAGGUCUUGUGUUUGAAUUUUGGUGACCACAUUGGUUAAACACAUGGUAUUCAUAUUUGUGUGUAAAGUUAAAUUUCAUAUAAGUUGACUUUCUUAUGAGGGGAUGUGUUGGUAAAUGCCAAUGGUACAAGAUAUAUUAUUGAACAUCUCGUAACAACUCAAGUUAUUUAUACUAAACGGUACUUAAAAAAAGAAUACCAUUCUAAAACGAAAGACUAAUUAAAUUAUGAAUAAUUGUAAAGAUUCAUUUUUAAAUGCAUCUCAAUAAUUUGAGUUAUUGAUACUAAACAGUUAUUGAAAAAGAACACCGAGCGUGUAUAACUAAGCCAUCAAUAAUUAUUUGGUACACAAAGGGAUAUAUUCUCGAUAGUUUCGAUGUAUCUUAAUGCACCAAAAAACUCCAAAUAUAAGAUUAUAUCAUGAAUGAUUAAAAAAGUUAACAAAAGCUAUAUUAUCAUGUGUAUAUUUUCAAGUAGACCCACACUAAGCGAAAUCGUGACUACACCUCUAACGAUCACAAGUAUCGUGAUUUGUCACUUUAUUCCAAUCACGCAUCGAUUUGUUCUGGAAAGCCUUUUUAAAAAACCUCAUACUGAUAAAGUUAGAUAGUCACUAAUGAAAACUUUCCCUUAUUUUUAUGUGGUAGUUCAAUUGUUCCCAACAAAUCUAACUUUUGAUACGUGUAAAAAAUUACCAUAAAUUUCAUUGGAACCUCUUGGCAACUGGGAUUAUCAAAAGAAUUGCAUGUUUCAAUAUCACUGCAUCCGGGAUCCAGCUUGUAAUGCUAUAUAGCUAGCCUCAACCUCUUAGUUUUAUUUUAUUCGAUUUUUCGGCACUAAUUAACUUCUUUUUGGAGCUAAUGGAGCCAUAAUGUUGCACGAUUGCAUCCAGCAGCUUAAUUGCAAGGCAUGCAUCCAGCUUCCGCUAAUUUUUGUUGUUGGUUUGCACGUCUUCGGUUUAAUUAUAUAUAUAUUUUGCCCGUCUGUCUCACUCACAUGGUUUUUGAAGAGCGCACAAAUAUGCCCAUAGUGGUAAUCGUCAUCGUUUACUAAUUGAUCAGGGAUUCAAAUGAACGAGUCACGACGUUUUAGCUUCGUGUUUGUUUUCUACUGACCUGUGAUAUCAUCUGAAGAUGAAACAUUUGGGUUUUUAACCAAUGCAUGCAUAUGCAAGUAAGUAAUAUUACAAAAGUUGCUUUCCACGUACAAGUUGGUAGUAUUAGGUUGUGUACAAAACAAUACAUGGUGCCGUGUACAUUACGACAGAUCGGGGAAGUCAAAUAACAAAAUAGAAUAGAAAAUACUAGUCUAAAAAACUCGAGUUAUUAAUAUAGGUCCACGUAUGAUUGUUAAUCACUUUCUUACAUGUCCCCUCAAACGAAAGCCAACUCAUAAACUUGAAGUUUGUAUGAAAUAGAAAAUGUAAAGGAUAAACUUGACAUGUGUGUUACAGUGUCGAUUUUGAGAACCCUCUUACAAUUUUCGUUUCACCUAUUCAUAGCCAUGCAAUGUAUUCGCUCUCAUAACUGCCAACUUGUUGUUUGCUCCAACCGCCUCAAGGUCCCAUCAACGAUUUGGUGACUAGUUGGCAUAACCUUGAUGGCCUUGAACUUCACAGCUUAACGCAUUGACCUAACUCAAUGGGCCGGCUUAUCUCGGGGAGUUCGUCAUGGUGACAACUUGUCAUCUCGGUCUCAAGCCCGUCUUCUCACUUGAUACCCUACUGCCUUGUCGGCAUGUCAAUUUUACCAACUUGUUAGCAAGUCCAUCCCGUUGAGUCGGUAAAAGCUCGUUCUGUCAUCCAGUCAACACAUUUAUAUCUUUUGGAUUAAAAGCUUUGAUAUUAUUGCCUCUAUUAUAAACCAAUUGGUUCCAAUAAUUCGAGUUUGUGAGAGAGGUUCAUAUAAACGUUUUGAUAUUAUUGCCUCAAAUAACAGCCAAAUUAUGGGAGCUAGAGGUCCAUGUAAUUUAAAGACAACAAUUAAUAUUAAUGGUCGUAAGAACUUGAACACGUACAUUACUUUAAAGACAAACUUACUCUGAUAUCAUGAACAAUAACUCAAAUAAUUGGGAAUGAUAUAUGAUAUUUAACUACUCCCUUACAACCUAAAACGAAAGCUUCAUGCAUGUUUAGUAAUGCUAUAGAGAUAUCCCUAACCUCUAGUUUUAUUCUAUUUUUCAGUGAUCACGCCAUAAUGUUGGAUGAUUGCGUCAAGCUUGCAAGUCAUGCAGCGGCUUCGCUAAUUUUUUAUGUUGGUUUGCACGUCUUAAGUUUAAUUACCCUUUUUUUUACAGGGAUUUUGAGCUUGAUUUUUUUUACGACGAUAGUAAAUUUUUCCUUUAACUCACGUAUAUAUGAGUGUAUUUAUUUCAUAUAUUUAUAAAUUUCAUAUUAAUAUUAUUGUCAAAUUGGUUUAUUUUUUCUGUUCAUUUGAUGACUCACGUACUAAUCACGUAUAAUAUCCGUAUAACACGUUUAAUAUUCGUAUUUAAUGAAUUAAAUGGAUAACUUAACUAUAAUUUAUAUAUUAAUUUAUUUUAAAAUAAUUUAUUGCAUAUAUUUUAUAACUAUUAACAUACUAUUAAGCCUACUAUUAGUUUUCAGGAAAAAUAAAAAUAUCAGUACGUAUAUUAUACAUUACUUGCCCGUAUUGUAUUUUACUAACUAUGGUACUAAGUCGGGCAUGGUCCUUUAAUUUUGUGUGCCAAAGUUCCAUUUGGAGGAGGAUAUAAAACUGCCUCAUAUUUGUAAAUAUAUUGUUAAUUAUUUCAUUAAAAAAUAAUGCACAGUUCUUUGUUUCUUAUGAAUGCGCACAGGCCUCAGUAUUUCUCAAAGUUCAACCAUGCACAAGAACUUGUUGACUUCAAAUUAAAUACAGAUAAAAUAGAGUACAACUUGCCAUAUGGGACAUGUACAUCGAUAAAACUGAAGAUCUUGCAUCCGCCAGAUCUCAGAAACCGAAUUUUUUUUCUUCUAAUUCAUCAAACAAACAAUUUAAGUUCCUCUGUCACACAAUAAAUAAAUAAAAAAGGCAAUUGAAGUUUCGUCCUGAGUUAAGAAGAUGAGACAUUAAUUUGUCUCCUCCAAUCGUGACAUGGGUUGGUGCAUGCUACAGCAAAUGAGAGAAUCACAAUUAUAUUUAUACACACAGAGACAGAGACGUGCUUCUAUAUGUUGUUCGCAUGCUAUAGUAAAUGGGUUGGUGCUCUUUGUUGUGGAUAGACCGUAUCGGCGAUCCAACCUGGAAAACCUUCGAAUAUAUUUUAAUCGAUUGGUAAUUUUUAAUGGUAUGAAAAAAAAUUGAAUCAUGAUUUCAGCAUAAAAUAUUUUACGGUUUAAGUUGGUGCUCUUUGUUGUUGCGGGUAGACGUUAGGUAUGUGUCCAGUCGCAAUUAAGGUGGACCCUUUUUUUCGUUUAUAUAAUAAUAGUAAUUACAGUAGUUCGUAGGCUUGAUCCUGAUUCCUGAGCCAACCAUUGGUAAUAUGGUGACUGUUAUCCAGGUCACAACUGCCCCUCCAACUUGGAGGGUUUUUGGUUACUUAAUCAAGCAAAUCUGUUCCUUAAUUGCAAUUGGCUGCAUAAUUAAGCAUCAGAUUUGGCGGCACGCUAAACCAGUAAUUAGUAGUUUAAUUAGCAACCUCACUUAUGAGACUCAUUCUCAACCACCAGAUAUAUAAAUGACAUAUUGUGAG